GGGGGUUCUGAAGAAGAGCUGGUGGAGGGAAGACGUUCUUCUUCCCCGUCGUGGUGUGGAAAGGUGUUUACCUCUUGUACUGCACAGCUGGACUCCAGCUGCCCUCCCACACUUGUGAGAGCAGACGGCUCCAUUGACUUCCACCCAGUCCAGUUCAAGGUGUACCGCCACACGACCCUCCCCCCUGCCGGCAAGCAGUCCUCCCUCCCCUGGCCCCUCCCCUCCUUCUUCGGAACCCUCGGAUCAGCUCCAGCAAGCCGGCGACUCCGCCCAUCGUUAGCUCGGCAGGGGUGGGGCCGCAGACUGCGGGCCGAAUCCAGCCUCCACUCCCUCGGCGUGUUCUCUACUACUAUGCCGCCUUCACUGGUGCCACUGCUGUUGCUGAGAUGAGUGAGUACAUUGAGAAGGUGCUACACGUGAAGUCAGAGGACCUCAGACUCUAUGACCUGACGGACGAGGAGAACCCUGUUCAUCUGGACAACGAGACCAGGACUGUGGAAGAUCUCACGUUCACCGACGGACAAAAACUUCUCAUAGAAAAGUAG